AUGCGCAUACGGGAAAAUCCCGUUUCUUCGUCAGUACCGAGGAACUGCGUUGCUGGGGGAUUUUUUUUUUUAACCCCCCAAAAUGUCUCUCUAUGUCGGCACAAUAGACGUUCUUUUGUCGAUGAUACUCUUAUACCGACCAUGUACUCAUUUUUAGACGACAUCCGCUGCGAGGAGCAUUUCAACUCUGGUGAAUGUCAGUUGUGUUGUGGAUGCGAGUGAAGUUGGACAAGAGCAAAUUUGGACCUUUGCUCAGAGGCUGGGCAUCUGUAACAGAGCGCUACCUGCUUGUUCCUCACCAGAGAGUCCUUAUGCUUGACAGAAGCUGCAGCCUGUGUCUUACAGAAUGGGUAUUGCGGAUCUAAAGAGUUUUGUUUGCCAACAUCAGAACUCUUUGCCCUGCUGUGGUGUUCAAACCUCUUCCGAAAGAACACCACCCAUCCACCUCCUCCAAUCUCUGCACUAUGUGCCUAAAGACGGACUUUAAGAUACAAGAAAAGAAAAUUUGAGACUUUGAGAUCAAAUUAUACAAAAGCCUUUAGCUGACAUGGAAGUCUCCUUAUUUUAAUUUUUCAGAUCUUGUCUUCCUUGUACUCUUUGUGUGGGAUGUCGGAAAAGCCUGAUGACAAAAUGGUUAAGUUCCUGGCUCCCCCUCCGAAGAGUGGAAACGGUCCCACCACUGGGUCAGACUCGAUCGUCAAUGAAUCCCGUCCGACCGAGGUGAGACGGCGGCAUCACACCAUGGAGCGUGACCGCGGCAACCCCGAGCACCGCUUUUUCCGCCGCAGUGUCAUCAGCGACUGCAAUGCCACGGCAUUGGCCCUCCCUUUGCCCAGCAGGAUCCCCAUACCAGCCGCUCAGCGGAACCAACUGCGGGAGGCCCCGGUACAACGGCAACAGGCUGCCGUCGUCCGUGCGCCGCAGGUUGAACAAAGUGCUCCUCGUAAGGAGGAGUCCACUGAGACUCUGGAAAGUAAAGAGCGGAAAGACCUGGAAAUUGCCACGGUGAACGUAGUGCCUAUGAAACAGACGUCUACUAUCAUUCAAGAUGUUUGCGACAGCAUGUUGGUCACCGAGACCCAGUCGUUGCCAGACUUGAGUCAAAGCGAGGCAUAUAACUCUACCGGCUCUAAGGUGCUGCAUGAAGGAGACGCCGAGGAAGAGGACAAGGAUGCUGCCAAAGCGCGUGCCGAGGCAGAGCAGAGGGAGGCGGAAAAGAAAGUGCAGGAGGACAUCGAGGAGGCUGAAACGAAAGCAGUGGGAACAUCGCCGGAUGGGCGCUUCCUGAAAUUUGACAUUGAAAUUGGACGUGGCUCUUUCAAGACUGUCUACAAAGGCUUGGAUACGGAAACCACAGUAGAAGUGGCUUGGUGUGAGUUGCAGGACCGAAAACUAUCGAAGACUGAGCGGCAGCGUUUUAAGGAGGAAGCGGGGAUGCUCAAGGGCCUCCAACAUCCCAACAUUGUCCGCUUUUACGACUCCUGGGAGGGACCCUCCAAGGGCAAGAAGUGUAUUGUUCUGGUUACUGAACUAAUGACUUCGGGAACCCUCAAAACUUAUCUGAAGAGGUUUAAGGUGAUGAAGAUUAAAGUGUUGAGGAGCUGGUGUCGACAGAUCCUCAAGGGGCUCCACUUCCUCCAUACUCGUGCACCUCCCAUCAUCCACCGCGACCUGAAGUGCGACAACAUUUUCAUCACAGGCCCAACGGGAUCUGUCAAGAUCGGAGACCUUGGAUUGGCCACACUGAAGCGUGCAUCCUUUGCCAAGAGUGUUAUAGGUACCCCUGAGUUCAUGGCGCCUGAGAUGUAUGAGGAGAAGUACGACGAGUCAGUGGAUGUGUAUGCCUUUGGAAUGUGCAUGCUGGAGAUGGCCACCUCAGAGUACCCUUACUCAGAGUGCCAGAAUGCUGCACAGAUCUACCGCAGAGUGACCAGUGGGGUGAAGCCGGGCAGCUUUGACAAGGUGGCCAUUCCUGAGGUGAAGGAGAUCAUCGAGGGAUGCAUUCGCCAGAACAAGGAUGAGAGGUACUCGAUCAAGGACCUCCUGAAUCACGCCUUCUUCCAAGAGGACACAGGUGUGCGUGUGGAGCUGGCUGAAGAGGAUGAUGGUGAAAUGGAAGCGAUUAAACUGUGGCUGAGAAUUGAGGACAUCAAGAAGUUAAAGGGGAAGUACAAAGACAAUGAAGCCAUCGAGUUUUCCUUUGACCUAAACAAGGACGUCCCAGAUGACGUGGCUCAGGAAAUGGUUGAUUCAGGGUAUGUAUGCGAAGGUGACCACAAGACUAUUGCAAAGGCCAUCAAGGACAGAGUGUCUCUCAUAAGUCGCAAGAGAGCACAACGGCAGCAGGUCAGAGAAGAUCAGGAGAAGAGCAGAAUUGAAGAAGAACAACCGAGCCAGACACAAACGCCCCAGCAACCAAGCAAAGAGGUGCCUAUCUCCCAGUCGGUGCCGCAGCCAGCCACCCAUGUUCCUCCUCCACAAGCCAACCAACACAGCACACCCAUGCCAGCUCAGCCUGUGUCCCAGCCGAGUCUUGCCAAUGCUUCUUAUAACACUUCGCAACCCACCCAGCUGACGGGCUUGACACAAGGGGUCUCUUACGUCCCCCAGUCGACUGGGCAAAUCCCAAUUCAGAAUCAGAGUUUGGCUACCAGUCAGACGGAGUCAGAGGAGCCUGAGGCCGACCAGCAUCAACGCAGCGGCGGAGUCGCACACAUGGCCGACAGAGCAUCUGGUUCCUCUGUCCUCGUUGCCGAAGCUCAGCCUGCUCAGCCGGGAAUGUCCUACUGCGCCCCUCCCAGUCAACAGCUUCAACCCCAAGUGCCAUGCCCUCAGACACAAAAUGACCAAAUGCAGCUGCAGCAGCAUGUGUCACUGGUUCAAGCCCAGAUGCCAGGUGUCCAGGUCGAACUUGUCCCUUCUCUUCCUGGCAGCCAGUCUAUCUCAGUGGCACCACAGCAGAUUCCCACCCAGCAGGUGAUGAUGCCUCCAUCGUCUCAGUCGUCCUCUUCUGCACCACCACAACAGCAGCAGCAACAGCAGCCGCCAGAGACCAACACAGUCCUUCAGAGCUCCUCUCUACCACAGGCACAGCCUGGAACGCAACCGUUACAAGCCGCUGCCAGUCAGUCAACACCAGCCGAGCAGUCAGCAGCCUCCUCCACUCUUGUGCCGCCAUCUGUGGAAAGUUGUUUGUCAGAUGCAGCUUCAGGUCUAAGUGACGGCAAUGAAGGUACUUCAACAUCAGGAGGCCGCCACGAGGGCCGCUCACUGAAGCGGUACCAGCGGCGAUCUGUCCGUAGCCGCUCUCGGCAUGAUAAGGGAGCCAAGGCCAAACUGAAUGUUCUAAGUAUCUCAAAUGCAGGAGACAGAGUAGCAGAAUGCCAGCUGGAAACGCACAAUAGGAAGAUGGUGACCUUCAGAUUUGAUCUAGAUGGCGACAAUCCAGAGGAGAUUGCACAGAUAAUGGUUGUGAGUGAGUUCAUCCUGGAAAGUGAGCGAGAAUCAUUCAUCGAGCAGGUCCGUGAAGUCAUUGAAAUGGCUGACGAGAAAGGAGAGGGCAUGAAAGAAGCAUUUCCUCAGAUGAGUGAGCUUCAACAGCAGCCAGAGCUUUCAGUUCCCAUGCUGCCUGGAAUCCCCCCAAGCACUACAGCCCAGGUGGUGCAUUCAGCAGGUCGACGGUUCAUAGUCAGCCCAGUACCAGAGUCCCGUUUGAGGGAACAGUUUUUUGGUGCAUCCUCGGCGAAUACCUCAGUUGGCGACGAGUCUGGCUCAGGGCCCACGAUGACAUUAGGGCUUUCUCUGUCUGCACCUUCUGGGACUCUGCAGCAGGCUUUUAGCAAAAUGAGGCAGGAUCACGCAGAGAGAGGCAGCAGCAUGAUUGAGCCUCCGAGCCUUGAUCCGGAAGUUGGCACCAAUUCAUCUAGUGAUGCUGGACUGGUCCCACACACUCAGAGUGCUGUGGCCCCUCCAGAAGCGGUACCGUCCACCAGUAGUUCUAGUUUCCCUCCCGUUGGGCUCGUCCCCGGAACACCUCAGACGCAUCCCCCAAAUGGAAGAGUUUCUCCUCCACCUGUAUCAACUCAUUCUCAGAAUCCUGUCACCAGUGAUUCCCUGCCACCGGCCCACACUUCCCACGAAACAUCCGCCUCGCAGAUUUCACAUGCCGCCAGUGUCCCUGCCUCCUCUUCCAUUUCUGCAUCCGUCAUGCAGACCUCCGUCCCCGUGGCGUCCGUGCCCCAGCUAAGCGCUAAUACAGUCCCCGCUUCUGAGCCGCAACCUUUUAACAAUACUGCCACGUCAUCUCAAAGCAUUAAUUCAGCCGCGCAUCCAUCUCAGCCAUUGGCCAGUCAGAGUCAACCCCAGCCAGGAGAGUCUGAGAGCGCUGAGGUUCAGACCAAAGCGGCGGGUAGGGAUGAUAUCCAAGCCCUUGACAAGAAACUGCGAUCCCUUUUUAAAGACCAGAGUACAAGUUCCUCAAGCGCACCAUUAGAUCCUGGUCAGAACACCGGGACCUCUUCCCCUCCCACCGGAACAUCCUCCCCUCCUCCUGGCACCGCUCUGGUGCCUCCUUCAAACCUCCCGCUCACGUCUGGAGCACAGGCGGUCACUCCGCUGUCUACAACUACCCCAGCACAGGGGUUAACCCCUGCGGGACAUGCCCAGACCCCUCCAACCAAACCGAGGGCACAGACUUUACCUACUGGGUUUGACCAAUCUGCUCCUCUGCCCUUGGACACUUUACCACCAUUCCCUGGACCAAAUCAAUCCCAGCAGCCUUUGGGUAAUUUGGAUGCCCAGCUGAGGAGAGCGCUGAGCCCGGAGACUCUUCAAGUGGAGAGCGUAGCCCAGGCUCCCGCAGCCGGUUUCACUCUGGGUCGAUUCCAAGUGUCCGUUGCUGCCGAUGGUGCAUCGAGUGGAGUUCCAGAGCAUGCCAGUGUUGUCUCCUCUUCCUCCCUCACGCCAUCCUCCACCUCUACCGCCUCCUCAUCCUCUUCUUCCUCCUCCCCUUCAAGCCCUGAAAACACCCUCCACCGCUCGUCCACUCUGUCCACUGCAGCGUGUGAAACGGACCAUAGCAACGGAGACUCGUCUUUCUCUGUUGGUUCUGCCAGCCAACUGCCCACCAUAGCAAUAGGGCGCUUCCAGGUUUCCAAUGCCUCAUCUGGAAAAACUGCUCCCUCCAAAGUGGGACGCUUUUCAGUCACAGUGACAUCAACGGCAGGUUCCAGCCCAUCUCAAACUUCGGGUGUCCAAAACGGCCCCUCCUCUGUGGAUCCUCAUAAAGCACACACCCCAUACAGCAGCGACAACGACGACGACUCGGGCACAGAGGACGAAGCCUUGCAGAAAGAAAUUAGUCGCCUCAGAGAAAGACACAUGUUGGAGGUGCAGGCCCUGCAGACACGUCAGAAAGAGGAAAUCGAGGCACUCUUUACCCGGCUCGGAAAAACAGCUCCCCCUUCCGUCCUAUCCCCCGCUGUGGCCAUGGCCGGAGGUCGACGCAGGCUCAAGAGCAAGAGCCACAAAUCUCCACGGAGCAGUGGACAACCAAGCCCCGUAUUUUCUGGAUGUCAAACCUCAGCUCAGAGUACUCAUGGCUCUGAAUCUCCUCCCAAACAAAGUACUCUUUCUGCUUCCGAGGCUUCCCAAACUUGUGCAGCAACAUCUUUACAAGAGCUCCGAUCCUCUCCAUCCCUACCCAGUCUCAGCAGUUGCUCUACAGGAGUAAGUGGGACCACCUCCACAAAUGGCUCAGGUCCCUACCAGAACCACUCGCUUUCUCUGACCCAUGCGAGCGGGCCGGCUUCCACUGCCACAGCAGCUCAGACGCAGAAGGGCAAGGGUACCUUCACAGAUGACCUGCACCAGCUGGUGGAUAACUGGGCCAAAGAUAUCAGUCUCUCGCAGGGCAAGAGGGGUCCUAAAACGGGAGCACAGGCAGCCCAGGGACAUGAUAUAAUCCCUCCUGCCAACAUGGGUCGCAAGUUCUCCGCUCCUGGCUACCUCUGUCCGACCCUCCCCACGCCUCCCAGCACCACCAGUACCCCCGCCACGGCCCACCUCCCCAAUCCUGCUAAUCCCUCCGUCCCCCUGGGCCACCGGAAAGGCUCUCUGGGCCCAGUAGGCCCGGGGUUUGGGUACACCCCGGCUUCGUACAGCGCUCCUCAGUGGGCAGGACCCACAGGCAACUGCCAGGUCGGCAUGCUCAAUCCCGCCCAGUACCAGGCGCCCAUGACUGCCCCUGUGUCCAUGCACCAAGGCUACCACAUGGGGACCACUGCGUCAGCCACCCAGAAAUCAGUCAGCCAGGGAGGAUCUAAUUUAAGGCCUACGUAGCCCAGCCCAGUCCAGCUUGAAGCACAUGUGCAAGAACGAGCUCUUUGUUUAAUUUCAACUGUCUUUUUUUUUCUUUUUUUUUUUUUAAACCAUUAUUACUUGUCGUCCUCUCGGGCAGAUUGAAGUCUGCCGGGCCCCGUCGGAGGGAGCGUGCAAUACAUACAUAUAAACAUAGCGUACACUCGCCCCGCCUAUUAGCUGUGAAAUUGAGCUGUGAUGAGCUGAUUGGUCAGCCAAAGAUGUCUAUUUUCUUGUUGUCGAGGGCGACUGUGCACCACGCAUAAAAAGUUCAGGAUUGACGGCUUUAGGGUGAACUAAAAGGAUGUACUUAUAAUACUGUGGAACCUCUAAUGCCACUCUGAGCUUUAUGCCAUGAUUUUAAUUUCUAUGCCUUUCUGUCUCCUCCACUGGCCCCUUCCCUCGCCAUUGUAGGGCUUCAAAUAGAAUGUUCAGCGGGAGAAGAGGCCACUGAACUUGAGUGUCACAGCGUCAUCUACAGGUGGCAACAAAAGAAAGUCAUACAAGUGGAAAUGUAUUGGUUUAAUGGAUUAAAGCUUUGUGUCAGAGUGUCAUUAGCGGCUUGAAACCCAAACUGGAGGUGUCACAGAAAGAUAUCUGUCUUUUCUGUGAUGAGUCCAAUCUUCAUCUGGUGUCACAGAAAGACUUGGGACACAACCUUGGCUUCUAAGAGAUCAGCAAGUCGUGCAAAAAGUACAUUAAAGAUUUGACGUCUAGUGUGUUUUAAGUCGACUGUGAAAUAGCAGCACCCGAAAGCCCCACGCACCAAACUUUUUGUCGCUAGUGUACCCGUACGUUGUUGUCAUUCCAAGCCAAAAGUGGGACGGUGAGCAUGGAGUAAAUAUUGACCUGCUUGUAGGAUGAGAGGUUAAGUUGUGGCAGUGUGAGGGAAUUGUGUGAGAGCAAGUUGAAAGACUCUGUAAGUUUAGCAGGAGUGUGCAGAUGGUUUGCUUUAUAUAGAAGGUGAAGUCAAUGCAAUAAAUAAGGCGAGAGAAGCAACUGCCCCCUUUUGUAACCGUGGCCUUAUUCCCUGAAGACAUUUUUGUACAUAGAUAGUCGGCAUAUUUAUGUCUGGUGUCAAUUCUGAUUUUGUGUUUUCUACAAAAGGCAUCCUGGUGUUGAGCACCGCAAAGUGGAGGCGAUGCUGCUGUAGUCAUAAAACGGCUCGGGGGUGUUUUUAUUUUGUUGUUUUUGUAUUUGUUGGUUUACACUUGAAUUAAACAAAUCCCACAUUGGUUCCACGCAACACCACAAAACUCUCACUCAAGUUUGAAUAGUUUCGGAUCGUGUUAGUUUUCAGACAGCUUUUGAGAUAAUUAGCCGCUUCGUUAGUGGGGCUCCCUGCUUUUCUGUGGUCUUUUUUUUUUUGUACGCAUCUAUUUAAUAAACAGAAAUGUUCUUUAUGGACCUGUAUUCAGCCAUCAGAUUUUGAUGUUGUCUCACUGUAAUUAUUAUUAAAGGUUGUUAAACAACAUGUAGUUAAAGGAAUAUUUAAAAAGUGCAAUUGCAGGGUUUAUAUCUCAAUGUACUCGCUCAUCCUGCUGUAUAUUAAGCUCCUCUAUCGAAACUUUCCUUGUCCAGUCAAACACCACUUUCUUGCUUUCUAUUUUAUUGUACAUAAUCUUAUUUUAAUGUGCGGCUAACGCCCCCACAACCGAGCGUAUCAAGACGAGCGAACGCACACGCACUCUUACCCUGGAAAACGUGAGGAACAAUUUUGUGCCUUGCAUUCUCACUGUUGAUAAGUUCUUUGAUUAGCCGUUGGAACAUAUCUUCCUUAUCUUUGCUAUCCAGCUUAAGGUCCACUUACUAGUGCCCUCUGUCCUCACUAUUAGGACAACCUUGGCCGAAGUAGCAGGCAUGCAGGUGUCCCAAGCCAAAUUCUGUGCACCAAUAUGCCCACUAUUAGUUUUGCUUCACUAGUCACGUGGUUAUCUUCCUUGUAUACUGAAUUAUGAUCAAAUUGUGAAAGGCAGACGUGGAAAAGCUUUUAGUAAGACAAGUCGUACGAGUAAUAUCUGAAUUGUCUUACUAGUGCUUAGUGUACUUACUAGUACAUGGACCUUUGGGUCUUUUCAAGGAUUUGGAAUAUAUGUCAAACCUCUUUCUCCACAUCCCAUCAUCUCCAUCUCCUUACACAAUGUGAACACACACUGCAAAUAAUCUAGAAGUUGGUAAAUGUUUUCCUGAUUAUUCACUGCUUCUAGUCGACUCAUUCUUGUGUGCUUUUGGCUAGCUUUUGUUUGUUUUUGUGGAUAUCUCAUGAAACCAUUUCACAGAGGCGCUCCAGCGGCCUGCCCGUAGCUCGGACGACUAGUUAAAACUUCUCUAGAGAAAAAAAUAAGUUCCUGCAAUGCAGAAUAUGCAAAGUUUUAUAGGGAUUGGAGGGUUCAUGGAAUUAUUUGCAUGCCGAUGAGGGUUACUGACUUCAGUUUUUUGAUAUGGGAAUACUAUCAGGAUUGUUUGCCUUUUAGAGUCAUCACCACAUUGCCCCCCCACCCCCCCCCCCACCCCAUUUGCAUCCGCCAAUGUCACAGGCACAAGUUUAAUAGCGGUGUAAAUGACUCAAUGUGUUCUCUGCAUGCCAGCUUCACUGGUGUCCAAUCUGACAGCCACUGUACAGCACAAAAGAUCCAUAUAGGACCUCAAAAAACAAGACAUGAGGCUACUGACACAAUUCUGCUCUUUUCGUAUUGAUUUCCUGUGAUUUGGUGUCGGGUUUUUGUGUAUGUUUUUCACAUUGUAUAAAACGAAUUAAAAAAAAUCUGUUAAAUUGCC